CGCCCCCCCCCCCACUCCCGCCCCGCCACAGGAGCCGCUGCGCAUGCGCAGUGCGCGCCGCCCGCCCGCCCGCUGCGUGCGGAGCGAGAAGAUGGCGGCGGCGGGGGCAGCGGCGUGAGGCGCACGGCGGACGCCGAGCUCCCCGGGGGCGCCAUGGCGCUCAACAGCGCCCAGUAUAUUUUCGGGGAGUUCAGCCCUGAUGAAUUUAAUCAGUUCUUUGUGACUCCACGAUGCUCUGUUGAGCUUCCCCCUUACAAUGAAGCAGUUACGUGUGGUAUUAAGUCCACAGGGGAAGAGUAUCAGAGAAUUGAAUUUGGUGUUAAUGAAGUUAUUGAGACAGAGUCCUCUGUACUAAAUAACACUGACUACAGUAUUUCAAGCACUCUGAAUCCUCAGGCUCCAGAAUUCAUUCUCAGUUGUGCACCUGCUCAGAAAACCCCUGAUGAUAGCCUCAGCGAAACAAACUACAACUCCAUUGACUGCCAGUUCAGCGAUCCAACCCUCGCUUUGGAUAGCGGUUCUAACGCUGAAAACGAUGGCUUGUCUGGAGGCCUCGGGCAAAGGGAGCGCAAAAAGAAGAAAAAAAGACCCCCUGGAUACUACAGUUACUUGGAAGACGGCAUCGCUCCCACAGAAGCUCUUGUAAAUGGCCAUGCAAAUUCAUCGGGACUGAACAGUAUAAGCACGGAGGAUACGGAACUGACGGGAGACAUCCCCUCCCUGGCCACCCCAAGGACUUGCAACAGCCCGGACAAUUCUGUGGACUUCGUUAACGAAGCUGUUUCUGAUGAUUCUGUUUCUAGCGCACUAGACAAUACCAGGACUGCAGGGCAGCCUGAGGUAUGCGGUGUUACUAAUUCUGAACAGUUUUGCAUCCCCUCAGAGACUGGCAGAGAUAGCCCUUUAAGGACAGCUGUUGUACAGUCUUAUGCUGGUACUGAUACUACUGAAACUCUUGGCGUUACUAAUGGACAAACACUUGAAUCCUCGGGUGAGGACACAGCUGCCAAUGGGGUAGAAUUGCACACUGUGGAAAGCACUGACUCAGACCAAGCUAAGCCUGAGGAAGCUUCACCUACUACUGAGGCAACCGUCCCGGUUGCAGGAUCAGUCCCUGUUAAUCAGCCUGCAAAAUCGUGGGCUAGUCUUUUUCACAAUUCCAAGCCCUCUGCUUCCACAUCUGUGGUCUAUGUGGAGACUAAGUAUACCCCUCCUGCCACAUCUACUCUGGUCCCUGAAAAACAGGUUGAAGUCAAAGAGGGGCCUGUUCCAGUUUCAGAGGAUCCUGUAGCCAUAAAGAUUGCAGAAAUACUGGAAAAUGUAAAACUAAUACAUAAACCAGUGUCUUUGCAACCGCGAGGGCUGAUCAACAAAGGAAACUGGUGCUACAUCAAUGCUACCCUGCAAGCCUUGGUUGCUUGCCCUCCAAUGUAUCAUUUAAUGAAGUCCAUUCCAAUGUAUUCAAAAUCACAGCGGCCGUGUACCUCAACGCCAAUGAUAGACAGUUUUGUUCGUUUAAUGAAUGAGUUCACUAAUAUGCCUGUACCUCCUAAAGCCAAACAAGCUUUAGGCGAAAAAAUUGUGAGAGACAUACGACCAGGAGCUGCCUUUGAACCUACGUAUAUUUAUAGACUUUUGACAGUUAUCAAGUCAAGUCUGUCAGAAAAGGGCAGACAAGAGGAUGCUGAAGAAUACUUGGGAUUUAUUCUCAAUGGACUACAUGAAGAAAUGCUGACCCUAAAGAAACUUCUUUCUCCACAUAAUGAAAAACUCACAGUUUCCAACGGCCCUGAGGCUCAGACUGUUCAUGAAGAAGAGGAGCAAGAUGAACAAGGAGAAGGCAGUGAGGAUGAAUGGGAGCAAGUGGGACCUCGCAACAAAUCAUCAGUCACUCGACAGGCUGACUUCGUUCAGACUCCAAUUACUGAUAUUUUUGGCGGUCACAUAAGAUCUGUUGUUUACCAGCAGAGUUCCAAGGAGUCUGCUACACUGCAACCUUUCUUCACCCUACAACUGGAUAUCCAGUCUGACAAGAUACGCACAGUUCAGGAUGCGUUGGAAAGUUUGGUGGCAAGAGAGUCUGUCCAGGGUUAUACCACAAAAACCAAGCAAGAGGUGGAAAUCAGUCGAAGAGUGACACUAGAAGAACUCCCCCCUGUUCUUGUUUUACACCUCAAGCGGUUUGUAUAUGAGAAGACUGGUGGAUGUCAGAAGCUUAUCAAGAAUAUUGAGUAUCCUGUUGAUCUGGAAAUUAGUAAAGAGCUACUGUCUCCUGGUGUGAAAAGUAAAAUUUUUAAAGGCCAAAGAACCUACCGGCUCUUUGCAGUUGUCUAUCAUCACGGAAACAGCGCAACUGGUGGCCACUACACUACGGACGUCUUCCAAAUUGGUCUAAAUGGCUGGUUACGCAUCGAUGACCAGGCAGUCAAAGUGAUAAAUCAGUACCAGGUGGUGAAGCCGUCUGCAGAACGCACAGCCUACCUCCUGUACUACCGCCGAGUUGACCUGCUGUGAAACUUCUCCCUUUUAUGCUGUGUGUGCAAGAUACCUGCUUUGUAGAACGCCAACUAUCACUAACUUUUUUUCCUCCUGUAAAUGCUCUUUUGAGUGAAUCUUUUUUUUUUCCCUUGCAACUAUGGGAUAGAGUGAAAAAGGAAACUACCUUGGGUUUGUGCACAACAUAGUUUGUGUUGACUUUUGACUUUGCAGAAUGAAGUCACUUGGUUGAAAGACUCAGUCUCAAGAAUCAGAAAAAUAUUAAAAAAGAAAAAAAAAAGAAAAAAAAAAGAAAAAAAUCUGAGUUAAUGCUGAAUCCUAAGAUAAUAAAAGGGGAUUUGCAUUUAAUUCCCACUUUCUAAUUGCGUAGUAGAAGAAAACCCUGCACCAGCAACAGAACUUGUAGAUUUCUGUGAAAAUGUUUUAUCUUUACUUAAGUAAAAAAAAUAAAAAAAAAAAUAAAAAAAUAAAAAGCGCUCUCUGCUUCCCCAAUAGUUUUUGAUAAGUGGUAAAAAUGAGCCGAUGUUUAUGAGAUGGGAGUGGUCCUAUGUGCUUCAAAAAAUGUACAAACGUACAAAAUGCAGAGUUGCUGGUUCCUAAUAGGAAGACAUUUUAAUAAUUGUGCGAUGAGAAACUGCUUAAGUACACAUUGCAGAUCAAAUAUUUGGAGUUAAGAUGUUAGUCUAUAUAGAUGGGUGAUUGUAACUUUAUUGCUAUUAAGAAAUUUCAAACUGCAUUUAUGCUUCUGUGUACAUGAAAUUAAAAAAAAAUGGGCAAAAUAAUUAAGAUUGAUAUUUCUUUAAGUCUGCUUUGUUUAAUUUUGCUGUCUGCUCUCCUAUAAUGUUGAGUUCCUAAUUGUACACAGUUUAGUGAUAUCUAGAAGUAUAAAGUUGUCGCCCAUCAAUAAAAGUCACAAAGUUGGUUUAA